AUGGCUAUCGAGUUGCAACCGUCUUUAGACGGGCUGAAAGCCAGUAUCAAGGCUGAUGAGGACGUUGCUCGUCAGCAGCAGUCAACUGAGGAGUCGCCUCUUCCUCCUAAUACCUACCCGGUAUUCUCGUUUAUCUUGGCAGAUGCUUUGACUCCACACCAGGCAUACCUCAAACUGGCCCGUCCAGGCGACAAGGCCCGACCUCCUACUGCGUCGUUUUUAUUUGAAAGUGCUAUUGGAGGCGAGAAACUCGACAGGUACUCGUUUAUUGGCGUGAAUCCCAGGAAAAUCCUGAAAACUGGUAAUGGAUUCGGUCCUGAUGUCGACCCUUUGACCGAACUCGAGAACGAGUUAAAGCCAUAUAGACAGGCCAAGAAGGACUCUGUAUUGCCCAAUCUCUCUGGAGGUGCCGUGGGUUAUAUCUCAUACGACUGUAUCAAGUAUUUCGAACCUCGUACCAAGAGAGAUCUGGCUGAUCCAUUAGGAGUUCCCGAGUCGGCUCUUAUGCUGUUCGAUACUAUUGUUGCGUUUGAUAAUGUUUUCCAGAGAAUCCAAGUCAUUCACAAUAUUCACAUUCCUGAUGACCAGAGAGACUCGUUUGAUAUCGCCAAAGCUUAUAACGACAGUUUUGCCAUUAUUUCCGAUGUCAUUACCAAGUUACAAUCGACGGACGAUUUCCAACCUCCACAGCCUAAAGUGACUCCUAACGAUAUCUACAAGUCCAAUAUUGGACAAGAGGGUUAUGAGGGUCAUGUCACUGCUCUGAAAGAACAUAUUUUGAAGGGUGAUAUUUUCCAGGCCGUGCCUUCACAACGAGUGGCCCAUCCUACUGACUUGCAUGCUUUCAAUAUUUAUAGACACCUGCGUACUGUCAACCCGUCUCCAUACCUGUUUUACGUGGAUUUCAUUGACUUCCAGAUUGUAGGUGCAUCGCCUGAACUGCUAGUUAAAUCCGAUAAGGGUCGCAUUAUCACCCAUCCAAUUGCUGGUACUGUCAAGAGAGGCAAGACUGCUGACGAGGACGACCAACUUGCUGCUACCUUGUUAUCAUCACAGAAAGAUCGUGCUGAACAUGUGAUGCUGGUCGACCUUGCCCGUAACGAUAUCAACCGGGUGUGUGAUCCUGUGUCGUCAUCUGUUGACCGUUUGAUGACAGUCGAGCGAUUCUCGCAUGUUAUUCAUUUGGUGUCACAAGUGUCGGGAGUUUUGCGUCCUGACAAGACGCGAUUCGACGCUUUCCGGUCGGUAUUCCCUGCCGGAACCGUGUCUGGAGCACCCAAAGUGCGAGCCAUGGAGCUCAUUGGCGAGCUCGAGAAAGAACGUCGCGGAGUCUACGCCGGAGCCGUGGGCCACUGGGGCUACGAGUCCGAGUCCAUGGACACCUGCAUCGCUCUCCGAACCAUGCUCGUCAAAGACGGCACCGCAUACCUUCAAGCAGGCGGCGGCAUCGUCUACAACUCGGACUCCUACGACGAGUACAUCGAGACCAUCAACAAAAUGCGUGCCAACAGACACUGUCUCGAAGAGGCCGAGAGAAUCUGGGCCGCUAAAACCGCUUCUUCAUAG